AUGCGUGCAAAACAAUGGGUGGUGCUAUGGUCUCUAUGGGCCGCAAGGCUAGUAAGACAGCCCACAGUCACAGUACGCGUGAGUGGUGGACAACUUCGAGGUAGCAUUGCGGCUGACGGAUCGCAUGCCAGUUACUUUGGAAUUCCCUACGCUGAAAUACGCCGCGGAGGCAGGUUCAAGUCAGCUAAACCAGCACCAUCUUGGAAUGGCGUUUUGGAUGCUUACAAUGAACAUAUAAGAUGUAUUCAAAGGUAUACCGCAACAACUAUUCUAGGCCAAGAAGAGAAUUGUCUCACCUUAAAUAUCUACACUCCAUUAGUUCCUUAUCAGGAUAGUCUUCUACCGGUAAUGGUUUACAUUCAUGGAGGGGGUUUUAGAGAUGGAUCUGGCUCGCCUUCCUUAUACGGACCCGAAUAUUUAACAAAACAUGGGGUCAUCCUUGUUACUUUUAAUUAUAGAUUAGAAAUAAUCGGAUUCCUCUGUUUAGGCAUCGAAGAAGCCCCAGGUAACGCUGGUUUGAAAGAUCAAGUGGAGGCACUGAAGUGGGUAAAGAAAAAUAUCAAAGCCUUUGGUGGGGAUCCAAAUUCAAUAACAUUAUUCGGUGAAAGUGCUGGUUCCGCAUCUGUGUUUUAUCAUUUAAUGUCACCUAUGUCUGUAGGAUUAUUUGAUAGAGCAAUCAUGCAGAGUGGAUCGGCAAUGUCACCGUGGAGUUUACAAUUCGAACCUUUGAAAACUGCCAGUGCUGUUGCCAAACAAAUGGGAUACAAUACAGAGGAUCCUCAUGAAAUAUACGGUAUUUUUAUGAAUACGUCCGCGAAUAAACUGCUUAGUACUCGUGUCCCAAGGGCGAUUGGUGAUAUUGUGAUCUCAGAAAAUAUUUUCGUGCCAUGUAUUGAGAAAGAAGUAAUAGGUGUUGAUCGGUUUCUUAAAGAUCUACCUUAUAAUUUACUUAAAGAAGGUAAAUUUAGUAAAGUUCCAAUUAUUGUUGGACAUAACAAUGCAGAAGGAUACAUGUUUGCUGGAAAAGAAAAUGAUACAACCAUUUCGAAUUUCAAUUUCUUUGAUUCCUUACCAAGAGACUUAAUUUUUCCGUCUGCCGAAGAGAAAAAAAAGGUAGCGGAGAAAUUCAAACAGAUUUACAUGGGAGGUGAAAAAAUUUCCAAGAAAACGCUAGAAAAUCUUGCAAGGUACGAAGGGGAUUGGGGCAUAACCUACCCAGUGAUAGCGACAAUUGAUUUCUUGAUGCAGAAUUCUGACAAAAAUAUUUACACAUACAAGUUUAGCUACGACGGUUGGAUGAAUAUUGUGAAACAGAUGUACGGAUUUUGGAAGUCGCCUGGGGCGACACAUGCUGAUGAAUUGUUUUAUAUUUUCAAGCUAAAAAUAACACUGCUGCAUUCCUUUCUGGAACUGGACAUGAUAAACAAAAUGACUGCCAUGUGGACGAAUUUCGCCAAAUAUGGGGAUCCUACACCAGCUGUAACGAAAUUACUGCCCGCAAAAUGGCUACCAACACGUAGAAAAGACCCGCGCGUUUUUGUCAUAGAUAAAAAAUUCUCCACGGCACCAUUGUGGAACGACGAAACGUUAUUAUUUUGGAAUGAAACUUAUUUUAAAUACAGGAGAAAAACUUAA